UACUGCGACCCCUGUCUGUCACACACGGUUUGUCUCUUGGAGGAGAGAAUCGGAGAGUAGGGAUUAGGAUGAUGGUGAUAAUGAAUAUGCUGUUAUCGGCGUACUUCAACCUGUUAGUGAUGCACGGAUGAAACGAUGCAACGUGGGAAAGAAACAUUUUAAAUUGUUAUUAUUGUGUUGGCUAUUUCCACAAUUUAUUCCAAAUGGCGACCGAAUGCACAGAACAAGCCGUACUGGAGUUCCUAACGGAGAGAGGAGGGUUGGUCAGACAUAUGGACCUGAUUGAUCAUUUUGAAUCCGUGUGGAAAAGUGAUGCGUCAAAGAAAACACUGUUCAAUGAAAGGUUGAACCGUCACGUUGACAGCGUUGCUUUCAUAAAACUGGAGGAUGGAAUGAAAUUCGUGUGUUUGAAGGAAAACAGCACAAGGUCCGUGAAGCACACAGACCCUGGCAACGAUGGAGAGAGUAACGGCAACGGGGUGUGUGGUAGGGACCGCCCACUAUCUGAAUCUGGAGAACGGGAUGGGAGCAGCAAUGUCAGCCGAGAUGGAAACGGACAUUCUAGUGAUAAAUGUGAUUCACCUGAAAAAGACUCAAAUGCACCCGAUGCCCUAUCUUGGCUUGAUAAUGACAUGAAAUCAAACGGUAAUCUUCAUCAUCCAUGCUGCCUAGAGGAAGGUAAAGUUAGUGAUGUUACCUCAGUUGGAGUCACAGAGGUGAAGCUUAGAGAAGUUAGUGAUGAUACCUUCUCAGGUGGAGAGGUGAAGCUAAGAGACAGGAGGAGGAGAGAGUCAGCUCCAGCACUGGGGACAGACUCAAGUGUUUUGGCUGGACAGGUGCAGGUGAGGGGAAGUAGGAGGACCUCCCGGGGCUCCCAGAAGGCUCUGCUGACCAGCGCUCUGUCAGAGGACGGUGGGUGGGAGGGACUGGAUGGAGACUGGAACACCCCCAAGAGCAGCCGCAGGAACUUCAUAGAGCUGAUGAUGAGCAGUUCCCCACAGGUACGUCGGUCUCUGAUCAACCGCGGCUCUCGUCUCAGAGACUCUGUCAGGAGCGACGGUGACUCCACCUCUCUCCUGUCGUCUGCAGACGGGGACUGUGUCUCAGUGGCCUUGGACCCCCUGGAGCACGAGUGGAUGCUGUGUGCCUCGGACGGCCAGUGGGACAGUCUGUAUCCGCUGCUAAUCCUGGACCCCAGCCUGCUGACCAAGAGGGACUUUGUGACGGGCUUCUCCUGCCUCCACUGGGCUGCCAAGCAGGGCAACGAGGAGCUGUUGACACAGCUACUGGAGCAUGCCAAGCAGAACAAUGUCCCUGUGGAUGUUAAUGUACGCUCUAGUGCUGGGUACACUCCCCUUCACCUGGCUGCUAUGCAUGGACACACACAGGUGGUGCAUGUGCUGGUAGACCAGUGGUCUGUAGACCCAGAGGCCAGAGACUACAGUGGGAGGAGAGCUGGCCAGUACCUUCCCCCUGGAGCCCCCUCUACUGCAGCCCUGGAGCCAGGGGGUGGGACCAGCCCUGUAGGAGGAGGAGAAUCAGACACGGAGAACGCAGACAGUGGGGCACAAGGGCGGUGGAGAUUACCCAGAGUUCUCCAGUCCAACCUGAACCCACUGAGGCUGCUGAACGGAUCAGGGGAGGGGGGGGAGGUGAGGGGAGGGGGGGCAGGAAGGAGCAAGGCUGUUCAGAGGAAGUCAUCUCUGAGUCGGAUCAACGCACGGCUCCACCGGGGACGCCAUAAGACCCAGAUCAUCCACAGCACCUCCUUCAGAGGGACGGGGGAGGGAGUGGAGGAGGGAGAAAGGGGGGAGACCAGCCCAACCAGCCCCCUCAAAGGCAGACCAAUUUCCAAUCUGUUUGGAUAAGUCACUGCAGUGUUAGAAUCGCACAUGCAGUAACAGAUCAAAGGCGGCCCUAAUAACCAGCCUACUGAUUAUGAUACCAUUAUGACAUGGGAUCUAGUACUAAGGGCCCAGUUUCCACCCAACACAUAUUACAUUUAGUCCUGGACUAAAAAACAUGAGCAUGCUUUUCCAUCCAGGUGUAGGCUUAACCUGGGUCUGAGAACUGUAGGCCUACUUUCAACUUUAGAUUUGGCACCGUUUACUAGUCACUGGGAAAUUAAUCCCAGAACUAAAAUAUUGCGUAAUUUGGUCAGAUGCUCCUACCGUUUAUGUUUCUGUAAUCUGUCCACGAGAGAUUACUGAGAAAUAGAUCUGGGAUCAUUUUGCUGUACGAAAAAUGUUCACUCAAUAGAUCUGAAUCCUGUGGGGAUUUAAGGUGCUGCUUACAGUAAUUACCUCUACAUAAUUCUUUAAUAUAUUUAACAUAAUUAUUUAACUUCUACAAUUAUUAUAAAGACAAGUCAAAAUAAUCAAUGAACACCUUCAACACGAAUCUCGAUGUAACUGCACAUGUCACUUUGGAGGUUUAACCAGAAUGAAAUAGGUGAGUCUAUAACCUAUGGAUUGUGUAGAUGUUUUACCAGCAGUAAAGUUAGAAAAACUCUGCACAUUUUAAGUUACAUUCGCUAGACUGUGAAUGGUCUAUUCCUGAAAUGGUCAGGAAUAGAAAAAGAAAGGGUCAGAACUCCUAGUUGAGAUGGAGGAAAAAGGAGUCCCCAUGUAAAAAAGAAAGGGUCAGAACUCCUAGUUGAGAUGGGGGAAAAAGGAGUCCCCAUGUAAAAAAGAAAGGGUCAGAACUCCUAGUUGAGAUGGGGGAAAAAGGAGUCCCCAUGUAAAAAAGAAAGGGUCAGAACUCCUAGUUGAGAUGGGGGAAAAAGGAGUCCCCAUGUAAAAAAGAAAGGGUCAGAACUCCUAGUUGAGAUGGGGGAAAAAGGAGUCCCCAUGUAAAAAAGAAAG